AAGUCGAGAUGUCUGGGUAGGGUCUAGUGAACACGUCACACGGUGCAAAAAAAUGGCGAUCAAUAUGGAGGGGCUACAGCGAUUUCUCGCCAUGUUUUUGGCUUUAUUACUGGUUGUCUGCGUGACACUGGCUUCAGACAGUAAAACCAAAGAUAAGACAAGACUGCUUGUUGUUACCGUAGCAACAAAUGAGACCGACGGUUUCAACAGAUAUAUGAGGUCGGCCAAGAAGUAUGGCUACGACGUGAAGGUCGUGGGCAUGCACCAGCCUUGGAAGGGCGGAGAUGUCUUGAACGCACCGGGAGGCGGGCAGAAGAUCAACCUCCUCAAGGAGGCUCUGAAGGAGUACAAGGAUGAAAAGAACCUUAUCAUUAUGUUCACAGACAGUUAUGAUGUCAUUUUUACCAUGGGACAGGACGAUGUUCUUCUCCACUUUAAAGGGAUGGAGAAAAAUCUGGUCUUUUCGGCUGAGCCCUUCAUCUGGCCGGACGAAUCUCUCGCGCCUGACUACCCUCAAGUUGAGGCAGGCUACCCCUUCCUGUGCUCAGGGAUGUACAUCGGUUACGCACCGUACAUCUGGAAGGCCCUCACAUGGCGAGAUAUCACCGACGAUGGGGACGACCAACUCUUCUUCACCUAUCUUUAUUUGAAUCAAGUCAAACGAAAAAAUUGGCGAAUUGGGCUCGAUAAUAAAGCAGUUCUCUUCCAGAAUAUGAACGGGGCCCACGGUGAUAUUUCGAUACGUUUCCAAAACAACAACAGUGUAAUUUUCAACAACAAGUAUGAAACAAACCCGGCAGUUCUACAUGGAAACGGCAGAUCUAAGACCAUGUUGAAUAACUUUGGCAACUAUUUAGCCUACCAUUGGACGCCUGAAGAGGGCUGCGUGGCCUGUGAAGAAGAUACCUUCAGUCUGGCCAAUGUCACGGAAGAUGACUUUCCACCAGUUCUGGUGGCGCUGUUUAUUGAAGUGCCCACGCCAUUCCUGGACGAUUUCUUUGACCAAGUUGAAGCGUUGGACUACCCCAAGAAGAAAAUUGAUCUGUUCCUUCAUAACCAACCUAAACACCGUUUGAACAGAGUGGCUAGGUUUGUCAAGAAAGCCAAGGAGAUGUACCGGUCGGUCAAGCUCUACUCCCCAGCCAAGAACUUGACAGAAGAACAAGGCAGGAACAAGGGCCUUCAGCACUGCAAUGAUCUGAAGUGUGACUACUAUUUCAGCUGGGAUGCCGACGUGCGACUGACCAACCCCAAAACACUCCAGCUUCUCAUUGAACAAAACAGAUCAGUCAUAGCACCUAUUGCCCGCAAGGAAGGCAAACUGUGGAGUAACUUCUGGGGCGACGUCAACCGGGAUGGGUUCUACUCCAGAUCCGAGGACUACGUAGACAUCAUCAAAGAUUAUAAAAUCGGGUUGUGGAAUGUAGCCUUCAUCUCCAGCGUGUACCUGAUCCACGGCAGCAAGAUCCACGCUCCACACACGCCAACCUUUGAGAUAGACGACAUGGAUCCGGACAUGGCGCUCUGUAAACAGCUGCGAGACAAGGGUGUGUUCAUGUAUGCCACCAACAUGCACUACUUUGGUUAUCUGGUAGUGACGGAGUACUGUGAAACAGAGCAUCUCCACAAUGACUUGUGGGAAAUCGGAAGCAAUCGCAAGGAUUGGGAGCGUCAUUUCAUCCAUCCCGAUUACUACAAAGCAGCUGAACCGGGAGUAGAGGUCAAACAGGCUUGUCCGGACGUCUACACCUUCCCGAUUUUCACCGAGGAGUUUACCACAAAGUUGAUUGAAGAAAUGGAGUUCUUCGGCCAGUGGUCCAGCGGUACAAAUGAAGACCAGAGGUUAGCGGGCGGCUAUGAGAACGUCCCCACGCGAGACAUCCACAUGCGACAGGUGGACUACGAGCGACAUUUCCUGUACUUCCUGCGAGAGUUUAUCAAACCGGUCUGCGAAAAGGUCUACCCCGGCUACGACUCCCGGGCUCAUGCCAUCAUGAACUUUGUCGUGCGUUACCGACCGGACGAACAGCCGGCGUUGCGACCCCACCACGACUCCUCCACCUAUACUAUCAACGUCGCCCUCAACACUCACGGAUUGGAUUACGAGGGCGGUGGAGCCCGUUUCAUCCGGUACAAUUGCAGCGUUGUGGGUUUGGAAAAAGGCCACCUACUAAUGCACCCUGGGCGACUAACCCACUACCAUGAGGGGCUCCGAACCACCAAAGGAACACGCUACAUCCUGGUCUCCUUCAUUGACCCCUGAAGAGGGUGCGACCUCGUGACCCUUGCCCCCUGAAAUGUUUUUGGACUUCCAAUUGGUGCUAUUCGAGGUAUUUUUAAAAAAUAGUUGUAGUAUUUUGUUGGUUGCAUAGAUUCUUUCUGUGCAUUUUUUGUGUGUUAUUUUCAUUAUUUGUAUUACCUUACGUCAAUUGCCAAAAAUAAAUAUAUGCCAUAAAUUGGACGACACACUAAAAGCUUAACUGGCAAAUGAUAUUUGUUAAACUUACAUUAUGGCUGAAUCAUGCUGAUAACUUUAAAAUGUUGUUCAUUUUUCACUAAAUUU